UCUCGCGAGACUUCGUUUGUUGUGGAACAGCUGAGUGGGUGGCUGGAGGUACUUGCGACCAGUAACCGAUUCAACAGCAAAGCUGCGGCCUCAUAGCCGAGUUUCAACCCCCUGAAGACUUUGUUCCAGCUCGUUGGACGCCAUGGCUGAGACGGACCCGAAGUCAGUGCAGGACCUCACCAAUGUGGUCCAGACGUUGCUGCAGCAGAUGCAGGACAAGUUCCAGACGAUGUCGGACCAGAUCAUCGGCAGGAUCGAUGAGAUGAGCACACGCAUCGACGACCUGGAGAAGAACAUCGCCGACCUGAUGACCCAGGCCGGCGUGGAGGAGAUCGAGGCGGCGCCGGAGAAGCCCAAAGAGAGCCAGGGCUCGUCUUGAAGGCUCCUGGCGGCCCGACGUCGGUCCUGGACCCGGGAGCAGCAGAACCUUUCCACUGAAAUCGACUCGUUGGUGUCAUGUUGUGUGAAAUGCUUUUUUUAUAUAUUGAGUUUUGUGAAACGGUUCCAGUGAAUGACUUGAAGAGCUGAACAUUGUAAGAUAGACUAGUUUAAUGUGUCCUGAACCUUUAAGGCAGAGACGGUUGAUUAUUGGAGGUGGACGCUACUGGGUCAGAACCAGUUAGCCCAGUAACCCAACAGAUGGACGCAUUCCACUCCUACUGUUCUUCUAACACUCAAGUUUGUAAUCUGUGCUUAAUAUGUAACUAUUUGCUUAGCAAUGAAGAAACUCAACAACUCCAAGGUGCUUUGUGUUUUUCUAAGGUUUCCACCAGCAUGAAUGACCAGGAGAGUCGCUCCUCAUCUUAUUCCCUUUAAGUGUUUAAAGCCAAUAAACUCCUGCAUGAAUUAUUCACACCUAAACAAACGGCUUAAAUCAUCUCCCAUGAUGAAUUUAUUGAAAAACAGGAAAUGAGGCUCCAUCAUCUCCACCAAGAUCAAAAAUCACAUUUUACAACAUUUUAAAAAUUCAGGCUUCUGACGAACUUUAUUUACAUUUUUCAUGCAAAUUAUGAGCCUUUAUUGAGAUUAGUUCAAAUCAAAUGCACAACAAUCAGCAGUUACUGAAAUCAAGUGCCAAAAGCAAACAAAUUAGCGUUAAAGCAACAUUGAGGCAGAGCAACAAACAGGAUGAUAAAGUACUGAGUACCAACGAAGUAACCGGUCCGGGUCAGAACUCGAAGUCGGCCUCCGUCAUGUCGAUGGCCCAGGCGAACUUCUCCCGCUGGGUUUUAUUGUAGAUCUUUUCUAUGGGCACGUCCAUGUUCUUACACCUGACCCGGCAGAAAAACGUCAAACUUUUCACUUCCACACAAAAUGUCCAAACAAAUAAACUGUUUCUGAGCAAA